CCUAGUAGUCAAAAACAUCAGGGUCAAAGUGGACCGACCGUUGUUACCGUUACACAUCACAAAUCGCCUGCAGCAGCCCGGAGAGCCAAGAGUCAAUAUACUGGUCAACUCCAUGAAGUCAGAGAGUUCAGGUCAAGAGCACGUAAUGAGGAACUCUCUUGCCCAAGGUGGAAUUAGAGUUACAGGGAUUGUACUUACUCCCUCUGUAUGGACAAUUUUCCCUUCGCAUGCAGCAUGCUUCUAUCAUGAGCCAAGUGGAGGGACAACAGAAGAAUCUUGUGCAAGCCAUUGAAUCCUUGCCAGGUUCUGGACCUCUUUCUGCCUUGGAUCAGGACUUGCUGCUUUUAAAAGCUACCUCUGCUGCCACCCUGAGCUGCCUUGGAGAAUGCUUGAAUUUAUUACAGCAGAGUGUGCAUCAGGCAGGCCAACACAAUAAUAGGACAUUGCCUUCAGAAAACAUCCUGGGAUGGCAUGGGCCAAAGUCACAUUCCACAGAACUGAAAAAUGGUGCUUUCAGCUCUUUAUCAUCUGCUAGUGCCAAUAUAACGUGGGCAAUAGUACCAACUGCAACUCAAGAUGGGCAAACACUACAGCCAAAUACUGAGCAUUCAGCUCCUGAGUUGAUCCUGGUUGAAGAUGAGAUGACGGAUACUGAAGAUAAUGAAGAGGAGGAUUUAGGAGUCAUGGAAGAGCAGCGUAGCAUAAUUCUUCAUCUCAUCUCACAGCUCAAACUUGGCAUGGAUCUAACCAGGGUGGUGCUUCCAACAUUUAUUUUGGAGAAAAGAUCUCUGCUGGAGAUGUAUGCAAAUUUCAUGGCCCAUCCAGACCUGUUUUUGUCAAUUGCAGCUGGAGCCACUCCUGAGGAAAGAAUUAUUUGCUUUGUGGAGUAUUAUCUAACAGCCUUUCAUGAAGGCCGAAAGGGAGCAGUUGCCAAGAAACCUUAUAACCCAAUCAUUGGUGAAUCAUUUCAUUGCUCAUGGGAUGUGCCUAAAGACAAAGUGAAAUCAUUCAGAACUAACAGUGCCUCUGUAGUUUCUAAGGACCAAACCAAGGAAUUUGGCCAGGACCAAUCAGAGUGCUACAAGCUGAGGUUUGUAGCUGAACAAGUAUCCCAUCACCCACCAGUAUCAUGCUUUUACUGUGAAUGCAAGGAGAAGAGAAUGUGUGUGAACGCCCAUGUAUGGACCAAAAGCAAGUUCAUGGGAAUGUCAAUAGGUGUUUCUAUGGUAGGUGAAGGUGUUCUUUACUUAAUGGAACAUGAGGAAGAAUAUGUGUUCACUCUGCCUAGUGCCUAUGCACGUUCUAUACUUACCAUUCCAUGGGUGGAGCUUGGAGGGAAAAUCAGUAUUAACUGUGCCAAGACUGGCUAUUCUGCUACUGUCACAUUCCACACCAAGCCUUUCUAUGGAGGAAAAGUUCACAGGGUUACAGCAGAAGUGAAACACAAUCCCACCAAUACCAUCGUGUGUAAGGCACAAGGAGAAUGGAAUGGCACACUGGAAUUUACAUACAGCAAUGGAGAAACCAAAGUGAUUGACACCACCAAACUGCCCGUUAUCCGAAAAAAGAUUAGACCAAUAGCAAAACAAGGUCCAUUUGAAUCAAGGCAUCUUUGGCAACAUGUCACCAACUCCCUGAAAGACGGCAAUAUCGAUGCAGCAACGGAGCACAAGCACCGCCUGGAGGAAAGGCAGCGAGCAGAGGAGAGGCAACGUGUGGCUAUUAAUACACCCUGGAAACCAAAAUAUUUUACCAACGAGGGUGACGGUUGGAUAUACUUCAGUCCCCUCUGGAAGUCCCAUUGACAAGACAGAACGCACUGUUGUCUCAUAACAAACCCAUCUUAGAGGCAUUAAAAUGAUGCAGUAUAUAACCUUCAGGUGUCAUUGAAUAGCUUUGUUACAACAAGAUACAAAUAAGAAGCUAUAUACUGUGAUUGAUGAAUCUCAAAACAGCUACAAGCUCAAGUUUAUUCAACAGCCAUUUUGUGUGUGUAUAUACACACACACACACACACACACACACACACACACACACACUGUGUGUUGAUAUAUAUAUAUCAACACGUUAUACACGCACUAACAAUGAUUAAGGUCCUGAUCCUUUAAACAUUAUGUGCACAGAACUUCCAUUGAAGUCAAUGAGAGUUCGGUGUGUUGUCUGCUUGUGGGAUCAGGCCCUGUGUUGGCAAUUAAGAAUACUUUUUUAUUAGUACAGUUUGAGGUUUUGUAUUUUUCACUUUGCCAAAAACAUUUUGCACUUAUAAAAUGUGACUUGUCAUUGGCAGUCAUUCAGAGUCUAAAUGGUGGUCAAAUGGCUCACUUCAAGUGACCUAAGCAAGAUACAUUUGGGAUAUUGAUUUAAGAGCAUGUUUUCUGGCCUUGUGACUCACUUAUAAGCAUGCAUUUCUUGCCAUCUUAUAAAAAGUAGCAAUACCAUUGCAAGAACCUUGUUUGUACUAAUCCAUUGUUCUCCUUUUUUUCUGUUUGUAUUCCAAAGAGAUGCUUAAUAUUUUGCAAGGCCAUUUGUCAGCCCCUUGACCGUGGGAAAGGGGAUCUCUCUGUGAAACACCACUGGCAGUGGUUAUGCUAGGGAAUGCCGAUGUCAUUGGGUGAACCUGCUUUACAGCCCAUCAGUCUUGUGUUAUAGCUUUAAGCAGUCCUGUAUUUUUGGUUCUUCUCUUUUUUUUAGGCCCUGCUGAUUGCUUUGUGACAUUUUCUCAGAAAAUGCUACUUUUACACCAGGCAUUAUUUGCUAACCUACUACUUCAUGGUGAAAUAAGGGCUUUAGUAAAUUAA